GACGCGCUUCCGGGAAGAUGGCUGCAGUGGCGGCGAUGUCGGCGACAGCGGUGGCCGGAGCCGUGGCCGCGGAGCCCAAAGCGGAGGCCGAAGGGGAGGAGGCGGAGGCGACGCCUCCCCCGUGCGAGGCGAUCCGGUGGGCGCCGGUGGGCGCGGUGGCCGAGGCGCGGGCGGCGCUGGGUGAGGAGGAGGACGGCUCCGAGGGGUGCGCGGGCUCCGGCCUCUCCUCGCCCCCCGAAUCCCCGGGCCGGGCUCUGCGGCGGCUGCGGGCCGAGCGGCGGCGGCUGGACUCGGCGCUGCUCGCGCUGUCCUCGCACUUCGCGCAGGUUCAGUUCCGCCUGCGGCAGGUGGUGCGCGGCCCCCCUGCGGAACAGCAGCGCCUGCUGCGCGAGCUCGAGGACUUCGCUUUCCGCGGCUGCCCGCACGUGCUGGGCUGGGGCGCCCCCGGGAACCCUCACUCGGAGGAGGCAGACGGAGACAGGCCGCGCGAGAGCCCGCGGGGAUUGCGGCCCAACGAGCCGAGUGAACAGGAAAAACAGGAGCUUGUAGAAGCUCAGAGAGAGAAGCAGCGAGAACUCAUCAUUCAGCUCAAGACUCAAUUAGAUGACCUGGAAACCUUUGCCUACCAGGAGGGCAACUAUGACUCUCUACCACAGUCCAUGGUCUUGGAAAGACAGCGGGUGAUCAUAGACGAACUAAUCAAGAAGUUGGACAUGAAUCUGAAUGAAGACAUCAGUUCAUUGUCUCCUGAAGAGCUCCGGCAACGUGUGGAUGCAGCUGUGGCUCAGAUAGUCAACCCUGCCCGAGUGAAGGAGCAGUUGGUAGAACAGCUGAAAACCCAGAUCCGAGACCUGGAAAUGUUCAUUAAUUUUAUCCAAGAUGAAGUGGGAAGCCCCCUGCAGACAGGAGGUGAACACUGUGAGUGCAGAACGUCCGGAAAGCCAGGAAAUGGCCCCUCUAGGGUGGGUACUCGGCUACCUCCUGGCAAUAAAAAAGUGAACGCCGAAGAGGCAAGGAAGAUCCGAGAGACGGGGCUGCACUUGAUGCGGCGAGCGCUGGCUGUGCUCCAGAUCUUCGCAGUAAGUCAGUUUGGCUGCACUGCUGGCCAGAUCCCCCGGACCCUAUGGCAAAGGGACCAGGCUGAUAGGGACUACUCUCCUCUGCUGAAAAGGCUGGAGAUCUCAGUGGACAGGGUGAGACAGCUAGCUCUGCGCAACCAAAUGAGCGAUCAUGUCAUCAGCAGUAGCAGCCUUCAGGACGUCCCCCUUGGGGGUAAAGAUGAGUUAACGGUGGCAGUGCGAAAAGAGCUGACCAUUGCCAUGCGAGACUUGCUGGCCCACGGAUUGUAUGCCCCCUCGCCCGGGAUGAGUCUUGUGAUGGCACCCAUUGCUUGCUUGCUCCCGUCCCUCUCCUCCGCUCCUCAGACCAUGCACCCCUGGGAGCUCUUUGUGAAAUACUACAACACCAAGAAUGGCCGAGCUUUUGUGGAAUCCCCAGCUCGAAAGUUGUCCCAGUCCUUUGGGCUGCCUGUGACAGGGGGUACUGUGGUGACGCCCAAACAAAGCUUGCUGACUGCUAUCCAUGUGGUGCUGACCGAACAUAACCCUUUUAAGCGCAGUGCAGACUCAGAAUUGAAGGCUUUGGUAUGCAUGGCUCUGAACGAGCAGCGUUUGGUAUCUUGGGUCAACCUGAUCUGCAAAUCCGGAGCACUUAUUGAGCCACACUACCAGCCGUGGAGUUACAUGGCGCACACAGGCUUUGAAAGUGCCCUCAAUCUGCUCAGCCGCUUGAGCAGCCUCAAAUUCAGCCUCCCUGUGGACCUGGCUGUCCGGCAGCUCAAGAACAUCAAAGAUGCCUUUUGAUGAGCAGGCCCUUGCCCCAUCCAGUGCCUCUCUCUGGGGAUGAGUUACCACUUUACUACAUGAGGCUGAGGGAGUUAGUUGGAGGAAGAAGCAGCUGGCUGACAGGUUCUCCCUAAGCUUUACAUAGGUGGCCAGUCCCAGUGCCUCUAAAAUCUGUCACCCAUACUUAGCACCUUAGAAAUUCACAUUUGAAAGCCCCUUGUCAGAAAUGCCCUAUCCUCAUACAUGACCACCUGCCUGUGUUUGGGUGCAUAUGUGGGCGUGCACUUCCAAGGCAAUUUUGCCUUCCCAGCUGCUCUAUUGACCCACAGAUAUCAUCAGAAACUUAGCAAGCAGGAGUACAUUCAUCCUUUGGCAAUGACAAUAAGGUUGGCAAAGAUGUAUUCCUGCUUAUGUGGGGAGAAAUUAAGCCCAACAUUUUGCUGCUCAAAUGAGAGACUUUUUUAUUUUGGACUUGACCAACUUCCAAUAAGAUGAACACUACCAUAUACACAGUUGAACAGAAAAAAGAUAACUCUAUCUGAAACUGUAGAUCUGUAUAUAUAUAGCUCACUUUUCUUUUUAAUUUUUUUCACUCCUCACCCCUGUCCCCCUUUUUGGGGGUAAGCAGGGGACAGUUGGAUAGACAUAAUAGAGGACUGCAUUGAAAGUCAGGAAGACUUGAAUUCAAAGCCUCCCAUUUACUUGCUGUGUGACUGAACAAGUCACUUAACCUCUGUCUGCCUCAAUUUUUUCUUCUGUAAAAAUAGGGAUAACAGCACUUAUCUUCCUGGGUUGUUAUAAGGGUCAAAUGAGAUAUUUGUGAAGCUCUUUGCCAAACUAAAGCACCAUAGGAAUGCUAGAUAUUUUAUCAUGUUGGUUUUUUUUUUUUUUCUUAAAGCAGGUUUGAAUGGCUUUGGCCAGGCUCCCUUGUGACCAUUAUUUCUCCCAAAGAGAGAUGCCAGAAGUUUCUGUAUCUUUUCUCUGUUCUAAGCCUAUGAAUGCAAUAAGAAAAAUUAUACCUUCAGGCAAAUUCAGGCAGGGCUGUCAGGGAGUUAACCAUGUUUUGUAUUUCUUUGUUUUUAUUUUAAAUGAAGCUGCUUGGAAGCAUCUUUUUUUGUAGAAAUCAAACCCUAAAUCCGAAAGGGCAAAAAUGUUUUGCCAGUUUGUGUGCCAUGAUAGAUACUCUCUUGCCUUUUGUGUUUUCUUCUAUCUGCCAUCCUUUUUUAGCAAGACUCUUGGAUCCCUAGGGAUUUAUUUGAACCUGAUUUUUUCAAAGGCACACCUGUUUUUGAACUAUUAUGUCAGGAACCCCCAUGCCAGGUCAGACUUAUAUGUAUAAAAAUACAUAUGCAUAACCAGUAUCAAUUUUUCCUUAAUUCAGGAGAAUUACCUAGAGAAAUAAAGACUGACCUAGUUUUCUUCUCCCUUCAGGGAAGGUUUUAAAUCUCAGAUAUGUUGACAACCAGCCUCUCCCAUUGUGGGUGUUGAUGCUUGUCUACUAGUGAUUGUUCCCAAGAGUGAAGUGGGAAGAACUUAAUAGUUAAUUCUAGAACAGCCCUAUUUAAGAUUUAUUAUCACUUUUGUCUUUUUAUUCCACUUUUUUUUUUUUCAAUAAGAUUGUGGUGAAUACCAGUACAUAACUGUCCAAAGUUGUGAAUGUUCAAUUUUCUAGACAAGCCUUUGAAAUUUAAAAACUCUUGAAAAAGCUUUGUCUUCAGUUACAUAUGUGCAAUUGUGGGAUGAUCUUGUAUCUGCUGGGCUUUAUGGUGCAUUUUAACUUAAUUUUAUUUUUUCAGGAAAUGUUAUUUAAAAUUGUGUUGAUUUUGAUCCUAAUUUAUCCACUAUGUGUGACAGAAUAAAUGUAAAUGUUGUGGACGUUAA